UUUUUUUUUCCCUUUUCCUGGCGUUUUUGCUCCGCUUUUUUCACCCGGGAGGAUUCUGAAGCCGAGCAAGGCUUUCCCCCGGACACGGCAGGGAUUGGAAAAGAAGGAAAAAAGGUGAUUGAGGAAAGGAGGUGAAGAAAAAAAAAAAAAAAACACCCAAAAAAAACCAAACCAAAAGGAGAAGUCGGGAAGAAGGGGAGGCGAACACAGCCCGCAGGAUGGAGCGGUGAAUGGGAAAAACAAUUCCACUGCGAUCAACAAGUGGCGACUCCUCGUCCCGAGCCUCCCUCCCCGCUCCGGCUUUCCCGAACUUGUGGCAGCGAAAGGAAAACUUCUCCGGAGGACUCUGACACAGCUGCCCCGGGAUGGUGGCCCGGACCAGCGCCCUGCUGGCCCUCUGUGCCCUCCAGGGGCUGCUGCAGCACGGUCUCGCUGAGGAAGAGCAUCUUCAAAAACCAAGGCUGAGCAUUUCCAGGGACCAAAUCAUCAUCUCACCAGGAGACACCCUAAAAAUAAAAUGCUGGGGAGCCCCGUCUGUGAGCUGGCAGCUGAGGGAUGACAACCCCCGUGUCACCGUCAGCGCCUGCCGCGAUGUCCCCGGGCUGAGCUGCAGCCAGCUCGUCCUCAGGAGAGCCAUGGCAAACGACACUGGCUACCUCAGCUGUGCCCCCAGCAGCGCCCCCGAGCACCAGGGACCCGUGGCCAGGAUCUAUGUCUUUGUCCAAGACUACAGGAACCCGUUUGUGGAGAUGCACAAGGAGCACCCUGCCAUCAUCUACAUCAUGGAUGAUAAGAAAACAGUGGUGGUCCCCUGCAGGGUCACCUCACCAGACAUCAGACCCAAGCUCACCCAGUACCCUUCUUCUGCAGAGGUCAGCUUCAGGAAGAUGCUGUGGGACCCCAAGAGAGGCUUUGUCAUCCCCUCCCACUCCUUUGUGCCCUCUGGCAUCCUCAUGUGCUCAGCCCACGUCAAUGGCAGCAUCUUCAACUCCUACUACGUGGCCCAGAGGCUGGAGAGCAGAAUCCAGAACCUGACCCUGAAGGCAAGUGCCAGGAAGCUGCUGGUUGGAGAAACCCUCAGGCUGGAGUGCAAAGCAGAGACCUUCUUCAACGGGCGCAUCGAGUUCAUCUGGACCUGUCCCCGAGGCACACACCCUCACCCCAAGAGAAACCUGGACAGGAGCGAUGUCGUGUACAAAGUGGGCAGCAGCCUGGUAAUUGAAAAUGUCACCGUGGAGGACGGGGGCCUGUACAUCUGCAGGACGUUCAAUGAGACAGAGACAGUGACCAGGCUGGAGGCCAAUGUCACUGUCACCGUGUAUGAAAAACCCUACAUGACGGUCUCGUACAAGAAAGGACCUUACUACGAGGUCAUCUCAGGACACAAGUCCCUCAAACUGGCUGCCAAGGUGGACGCCUUCCCUCGGCCCAUUGUCACCUGGUACAAGGAUGGCAAACUGAUCAAGGACAACCACACGUGCUACGAGCCAGACCCACUGAAAUACAGGCUGGGAAUACGAGAUGUGAGGCCAAAACAUGCUGGGAACUACACCAUGGUCCUGAGCAACCCCAAAUACGGCCUCUACAAAAACCUCACCAUGCAGCUGGUGGUGACAGAGACACCCAAGAUCUACGAAAAGGAAACAGAUUUUGAUAAGGUGGUGAAGGCAGAAUUGAGAAGCAAACAGGAAAUCCAGUGCACAGCAAGUGGGAAUCCUGAGCCCAGGAUGGAGUGGAGGUGGCAGCCCUGCAGCCCCACCGCCGCCCUGUGCAACCCUGAGGGACCAAAAGUUGUGGUUCGGGAGGACAGAGACAUAGGGAACAAGAUCAGGAGCAUCGAGAGCAUCCCUAAGAGGCAGGGGGACAAACAAAAGGUGGUGAGCACCCUGACCCUGGAGAGCAGCAGCACCUCGGGUGUCUAUUACUGUGUGGCUUUCAACAAGGUGGGCGAGGAGGAGCGCAGCGUCGAGUUCUACGUGUCAGAUGUGCCCUCUGGGUUGCAAACACCCUCCCAAGUCACGGCCAUCGUGGGGAACGACGUGCAGCUCACCUGCAGAGCCUCCAGGUACAUCUACACCCACCUGGCCUGGUACUACCCCUCCUCUGAGCCAGCUCCCAGCCACUCUGUGCUCAGGAAAAUGGACAAAUAUUCCAUCUCUCUGAGCCUGCUCCUCCCCAACGUCACGAGGGAGCAGAGUGGGCUCUACAAGUGCCGAGCCCAGAACCAGCACAACAGCACAGACACGCUGGAGCAGCACAGCCAGCUGCUGGUCAGAGCAAAGGCGGCGCCGUUGGUGAUCCAGAACCUGACGGACCUGGAGGUGAACAUCAGCGGCAAGAUCCUGCUGGAGUGCAAGGUCAGUGGGACACCAGAGCCACAGGUCACCUGGAGGAAGAAUGGCUACCCCAUCUCAGCAGCUUCAGGGAUUUCCAUGGAAAACAACACCCUGGUGAUUGAGAGAGUGAAGAAGGAUGAUGAGGGGCUCUACGAGUGCCGUGCCUCCAAUGACUUGGGCCAGGACAGCACAUCAGCCUUCAUCAAAAUCCAGGGUUCUGAGGAGAAAUCCAACAUUGAGGUGAUCAUCCUGGUGUGCACAGGGCUGGCUGCCACUCUCUUCUGGCUGCUCCUGACCCUCUUCAUCCGCAAGCUGAGAAAGCCCGACGCCACAGAUAUUAAAACAGGAUACCUGUCCAUCAUCAUGGACCCCGAGGAGAUGCCCCUGGACGAGCAGUGUGACCGCCUGCCCUAUGACAGCAGCAAGUGGGAGUUCCCCAGGGACAGGCUGCGCCUGGGUAAAACUCUGGGUCAUGGUGCUUUUGGGAAGGUGGUGGAGGCGUCUGCUUUUGGCAUUGAUAAAUCUUCAACCUGCAAAACAGUUGCCGUAAAAAUGCUGAAAGAAUGUGCAACUACUAACGAAUGCAAGGCUCUGAUGUCUGAGCUGAAGAUCCUCAUCCAUAUAGGACAUCACCUGAACGUGGUCAACCUGCUGGGAGCCUGCACCAAAGCUGGAGGUCCUUUAAUGGUCAUAGUGGAAUAUUGCAAAUAUGGAAAUCUGUCCAACUAUCUCAGAGGGAAACGAGGAGAUUUCAUUGCAUACAAGUCCCAGGAAAACUCUGACCAAGCAGAGAAAAGUCUGGAUGAGUCCAACAGUGAUUUGACUGAACUGAUCAAGAGGCGCCUCGAGAGUGUGGCCAGCACAGGCAGCUCUGCCAGCUCAGGGUUUAUUGAAGAUAAGAGUUACAGUGACUCAGAAGAUGAUGAAGAAGAUGCUGAGGAUCUGUACAAGAGGCCCUUGACUCUGGAGGAUCUGAUUUGCUACAGCUUCCAGGUGGCAAAAGGCAUGGAGUUCCUCGCCUCCCGAAAAUGCAUCCACCGGGAUUUGGCAGCCAGGAACAUCCUCCUGUCCGAGAACAACGUGGUCAAGAUCUGUGACUUCGGCCUGGCCAGGGAUAUUUAUAAAGACCCCGACUACGUCCGCAAGGGAGACGCACGGCUUCCACUCAAGUGGAUGGCUCCAGAAGCUAUUUUUGACAAAAUUUACACCACGCAGAGUGACGUGUGGUCUUUCGGAGUGCUGCUGUGGGAGAUAUUUUCUCUAGGUGCCUCUCCUUACCCUGGAGUGCAGAUCGAUGAGGAUUUCUGCCGGCGGCUCAAGGAGGGGACGCGCAUGAGAUCUCCAGAAUAUUCCACUCCCGAAGUCUACCAGACCAUGCUGGACUGCUGGCACGGGGUCCCCACGGAGAGGCCGACGUUCACCGAGCUCGUGGAGCGCCUGGGGGAUCUCCUGCAGGCCAACGUGCAGCAGGAUGGCAAAGACUACAUUCCACUGAACAUCACCUUGUGUCCAGAUGGAGAAUCCAACCCCAAAACCUGCCCUGUGGAAGAAAACUUGAACAGUGGAGUGAAUCGCUGCAGUGCAGUGGAAACUGGCAACAACAGCAAGAAGAGACCCCUGAGUGUGAAGACAUUUGAUGAGGUGCCAGUGGAGAAGGAGAAAGUGAUGCAUGAGGAGUCUGACAGUGGGAUGGUGCUGACCUCAGAGGAGAUAAAAAGCCCCAAGAGGUUGGAAAUCCGUUCCUGGCCCUAUGGGAUCAUGGCUCUGGCGCGGAGAGCUGUCAGCAGGAGCAAGGAAUCCAUCCUGUCUGACCACGAGACUGUCAAGUACCAGCCAGCAGUGCAGGUGGAGGAGGACACCAUGGACUUCCCCCUGGAGGACUCUGUCCUGCUCCCUAUGGAUCCCAACCUGGAAUGCCACAGCCCCCCUCCAGAUUACAACUCUGUCAUCCACUACUCAGCCCCCCCAGUUUAACCAGUGCCCCCAGCACUGGCUGCACCUCAGCCUUGCCAGCUUCUCCUGUGCCCCCGGGGAGCCUGGCUCCAACAGAAGGGAAUUCUGCUGGGAUAAUACUUCACCUGUUUCUUCUGGCACAUCUCAGAUGUGGUUAGAAGCAAUUUAAGGGCAUCUUCCCUCUUCUCUUUAAAGGCCUAUUGCAAGAUCUGCAGUGAAUUAAUAACAUUCUGUCUGUCAGAGUCCUAGCAGGAGCUGUAACCCUGAGCUGCUGCCACUCCUUCCUCUGCUUGGGGCUGUUCUUUGGCACAGAUCCACAGGUUCCUGCAUUCCCAUUUCGCUCCAUGAGGGUCAUGCCAAGCUGGUUGGGAGCACCAGAUCCAAUCUGCUGGCCCUGACACAUCCUGCAGGGAUGGAAGGUUCUGUUCGUGCUGGAAGGGAUCUGUCGGAAACAGCAGAUGAAUGGUUUGGGCUUGGAGAAAAGCUGAAAUUGAAACACCCUUCCUAACUUGGGAUUUCACCUCCUGGAAAUAUGUAUGAAAUAUUUUGCAAUCCAAGCUGUUUUGGUUGCAGUUUGGAUUUAAUAAUUUCCACUGCCCAGGGGAUACACUCCUAAAGAUGGCAUGGCCCAGAGCAAGCUGCUAGUGCUCGUGUGCCUGCUCCUUUGGGCCUGCAGGGCACACAGUGUGCUUAGAUCUGAUGCCCUGGGCUUUCCCCUUGUUCAAACAGCAGUUUGUUCUGCAGACAUGCAAUAGGGAACCUUGCUGGAGAUGCAUCUGUAAUGGUUGCAAGGCAAAAUCACUGCCUUAAGUAAGAACCUUCCCAGCUCAAUCAGAAUUUCCCAGCUCACACGCACACACACAUUUGUGUGAAUGUGCAGGAAACUCUCAUUACCAGCACGAGAGUUACACAAAAACUCAACACACCCUUGAGGCACCAGCAGGGCAGCAGCAUUUCUAUGUUUCUUUUCUGCACACAG